AUGAAUGAUAAUCGUCAUAACUGGAACUUUGCUCCAAACGCAGAGUCAGAUGAGUUUACCGCUCACAACCUUGCUGUACCUAAUGGUAUCCAUCAAGCAUCAGAAUUGACCAUAGCUAAUAAGUUAGACUUCCAUAUCAAGUUUCUGGUAGAUAGCUUUUUCAAACAUGGCCAUGGCAUGGGGUUCAUGCUUGGGGCUUAUCUCGGCCUCGUUUGCACCUCUAUGGAGAAUAUCAAAAUGGUGCCUCGCCCACCCUUCAUCUUUCAAGGAUCCGUGGUUUCUGCAGAUCCGACUGCUGAUCCUAUAAGGAAACUGAGCAUGUAUUGCUCGGGAAGGGGCGCCCAUGCUGGAAGAGCUAUAUUGAAGGAAAUUGUCUACGCAGUUAGCAACAUUGGAAACCCCCGUAAACCAGGCUAACCCUAUUGCUCUCGCUGGACACGCCCUCAACCUGAAUGAGAACUUUCUUGUCCCCAGUAAAUUUGAAACUUCAACAACUGUCAAUUCUUCUCCAUUUCUCAUUUUUUUUUUGUACAAUCCCUUCUCAUCUUGUGCGUUUUUGUGUGAAUGAAUUAAUUGUGCUAGUCUUGCAGGGUAGCAGUAACAAUUGAAUUGUGAAUCCCUUUUUGACAACACUGAUUUUGUGAAGCAUUAAAUGCUGAUCUAGAAUGGUAGUUCAUUUUUCGAAAUUGAAUGAUAGUUCCUCGGUGAAUUUUUUGGAAUCUUUCUAAACACUUGUGUGAAUGCUUAUCUUAUAUGACAAGUGCGCGUUUAAUGAUUUGAGGAUGUUGCUAUUAGUUAUGCUUUGUGAAUGCUUUCUAACACUUGUGUGAAUGCUUAUCUUAUAUGACAAGUGCCCCAAAAAGCUCCACUUGUCAUGCUCUUGUUAUUUUAAAUGUAUGAAGUUACUUUAAUUUCUUCAGAUGUUUUCUAUUGUUUCAACAUUUUUUUAAAAAAAUAAUAAAAUCAAACGUCUACCAUGAUCACCAUUCACCAUCCUAUGCAAGCAGUUAAGAACUUGCACAAGUGUAUCAAUUCAAAAAACCAGAAUUUGAAACUUACUGAAGAACACCAUGUCGGGACCUUCGACUCAAACUGUUCUUCACGUGAUAGAAUUUAAUAGAUUAGAUGUUUCCAGAGAAAGAACUAAAAGUAAAGAAAACGAUCAUUUCACGUGAUAGAAUUUGAAACUUACUAAAGCACAUCAUGUCGGGACCUUCGACUCAAACUGUUCUUCAUCUUAUUGGAGCCCACUCAUCGUGUUGCAUGUCCUACAAUAAACCAGAUCAAGAAAAAAAAUGGUUC